AGUUUCAUGCCGUCCAUUGUCCACAAGACAAACUGAACUUCGUGAAAAGUGAUAUGAUCCGAUUCAAUCGAAAGUUCCCUCGUCAUCAAAAGCUGCGCAUGUCGCUGCUUUUCGAUCUCGACAAAAUUUUUUACUACACAGUUCGUCAACGUGGCAUCAUAUGUUCGUCAAAAUCCGAAGAGCUGUCCGAUUUCCAUGAGUUCGGCUUGACAUCUUCCAUCAAGACAUGUCGAAGCGAACGUGCAUAUAAAGAGACUGUGUAUCAGAAUCUCCAGUUUCAGUAUCUUCAGCAGCCAUGGGAACUAUACUGAAUCGUACGAGAUUAUUUUUCAUCGUAUCGUUUCUGGCAAAAGCGCUGCAGAUACCUCUGGCUGUAGGAAAGUCUCAGUCAAACAGCUUGUGCGCCGAACUCAUCUGGCCCAAGGGUUACCCCUGCGAUGAAAUCACGGUUGAAACUGCAGAUGGAUUUCUGUUGGGUUUGCAGCAUAUUCCCUUCGGUGUGGCAGGCCCGAGCGACAUUCCAGGCCCUGCAGUUCUGCUGGUUCACGGUCUGACUGCGGGUGGAGACAAUUACGUGGUGAACGAUCCGAAGGAGGACUUAGCACUCAUUUUAGCGGAUGCGGGAUUCGACGUCUACAUUGGGAGCAAUCGAAACACCCGCUGGAGCCAUGGAAGCUCAAAGUAUAAACCCGAAGAGAAGGCCUACUGGGACUGGACACUGGAUGAGUUAGCUGCGUUCGACGUACCUGCCUUCGUGGAAUACGUUUACAACAAAAGAGGUGGCUCCAAAAUCUUCUACAUCGGUCAUUCUCAGGGAACCUUGACCUUAAUGGCAGGGUUGACUGGAGGAGGAACUGCAGCAGAGCAGAUGAAGGAUAAACUGAGAGGGGUGGUCUUUCUGGCUCCUGUCGCCUACGUGACCCAUCUCUCAGCUGCACUCGUGGGUCUGCUCUUCAAUACCUACGCCGACCAGAUUCUUCCUCUCGUAGGCAUCGGACCGGCGGAUUCGAGAAUAUUGAUUAGUAGCGUCUGCAAACUCAACGCAGAUGCCUGUUCAGACCUCCUGAGAGGAUAUAUAGGUACCAACAGCUACCUAAAUUCCACUCGCAGACCUACUUACUUAAAGUACUUUCCACAGCCAACCUCGUCUUACAACCUCAACCACUUUGGACAGAUUAAAAGAUCAGAAAAGUUCGGGAAGUACGACAGAGGUCCGAAAGAGAACUUGGAGAGGUAUGGACAGGAAGAACCUCCACUUUAUCAAUUGGCCAAGUUCCCGUCUGAAAGCUUUCCACAGUUGUUCUUUACAGGGGGAAUAGACCAGCUGGCAGACCCAAGUGACACAAAAAGACUUCUCCAAGAGCUGCCGACCUCUGGUGUUCGAGAAGUUAUAAAUCUUCCGGAGUAUGGUCAUGGCGACUUUGUCCUCGCUCAGAGGGCUAACAUAGACGUCUACUCUAAAAUUGUCUCGUUUUUUAAGAGCAAUUAACCCUUCUCGACGCCCUUGUGCCUAAAAUUAUUAUGCAUCUGCAAUAGCUUUUUUUUUUAGAUUGUAACUCGAACGAGCUGUCUGAGAGCACCAAAUAAUAAUCAUGUAUACCACAAGUAAGUCGUUUAAAGCAAGUCGUAAUGAUACCGGAUCGAUAGCCUCAAGAUCAAUUUAGAAAUUUGGAUAUAUAUCAUGGGACUAGAACAUCAAGCGGUACAUGAGCCAAGAGUCCUAGAUGUCCUCGUGCCUUCUUUACGCAGUUCGGCUGAGUCGAACUUACCAUUGUUUUUAUCUUGGAUGCUAGUUGGCUGAAACUUAGCUGGUAUAUCAGAGAGAAUCUUACGGAAGAUGACACCAAAUUUACAGAACUUUAAGGAAUGAUUUAUUAUUCUUGCAAUCCAAAUCACAGGAGGAAAUUCUUUUGAGUUCAUCCGGUUUCAAUUCUACACAAAAGGAGAAUGUCGGGCGAUGUGGUAAAUCCGUAUCAUUUCAUCUCAAAUCCGCAUCUCAGAUUUCUUUCGACAGAGAGACUAUCAGAGUAGGACAGGGAUGUACGGAUUGAGCAAGAGAUAGAUCCAGGCUAGAUGCUGCAGAGGAGGUCAAAUUCUGCAAAGGAUAUUUCCUUUUAGUUGGAGGAUGAUUGCAUCAAUGACGAACGCUUGAAUUUGACCUCAUCGGGGGUAUCGACAUUACUUGGCAUGACGUUCAGUUGACAUGAGUCACGGGAUUCUAAAUCGUAUCUUGGAUUAAGUCGAUAUACUCAGCGGUUGCAACUUUCCAGUUGGAAACAAUUGUAAUCUUAACAUGCU